AUGUCAUCAUAUUCACUGCAACUGAACAGGAUGGAAAACAUUGUUUUUGGCGCGUGCCUGCUGGUAGUGAGUACAAUUACAUCUGGUCAAAAUAACGUCGAUAUUACUCCACGUGAAGUGCUUUCAGAAAUGAAUCGCAUACAUAAGGACUUUCCAAACACAAUGGUUAAGCCAAUACUAAUAGAAUUGGAAAACAGGCCGUCACUGUUGACAGACGUUAAAAAUAAAAAUUUAGAGUUACGAGCAGCGCACGGAACCAAUUCGAAUAUCAAUUUAAAUCCCAACACGAUGAGUUCAGGCACAGGUUCUAUGCAAAUCUCACAUACUGCAAAUUCGGAAUUCCAGAUAAAGCCACAAACGUCAAACGGAGAAUACUUUCAACAGCCAGAAAUUCAACAAAACCCAGAGGUUUCUAGUCAAACUAAAAUUUAUCUCGUAAAUGUACCCUCUGAAACAACCCAAAGAAAAGAUAUUGCAACGAAUAUCAACGUUAUAGAAACACCUUCAAGAUCAUUGCAAAUGAAGGGUAUUCUUAGAAAUUCUAAUCUUCAUGUUAAUGAAGCCCAUCAGCCUUUCUCUGCGCCGGAAGUACAAUUGGUAUCAGCAGCACAAGUGGAUAAUCAACCUCAAACAAUUCUGUAUGCUAAAGCAGCUAACCAACCUCAAUUAAUUACCUCUAUUUCAAGCGCAUCGGAUGCUAUAACUCCACAAGUAGUACAUAGAUCGAUAAAAGAUACUUUCACUUUAACGGAUCAGCAGGCACAGUUGUUUCAACAGCCUGUUAAUGUAAACUUAAUUACAAAUCCUCGAAGAGGUGUUUUGCUAAGACAAACAGCACAAGUUGAUAAUCAACAAAUUCUGCAACCUCAAAGAAUACUAUAUGCCAAACCAGCUAAUCAACACCGGUUAAUCACCUCUAUCUUAAGAAAAUCAGAUGAUAUAAAACCGCAAGUCGCACAAAGAUCAUUAAGAGGUUCCUUCACUUUAACACACCAACACCCACAGUUGGUUCCACAGUCUGUGAAUGCGAAUUCAAUUGCAAAUGCUCGAAGAGUUGUUUUGCUUAGACGACUAAUGCGGACAAGACCAAAUGGGAUAGCACUUUAUCAAAGAAACAGAAUUCCAGUUUUUAGUGGUCCGUUAUUGCCAGUAAUGGGACCUAUCAUAUCAAACCCAGCGCCGAUGCCUCUUACACCUCUCGUACAUCUCAAUGGUCCGGCACUGGUUCCCAUGGUUCCUGUAGGAAAGGCUGCUCCAGGGUGUUGUGCACAAAAGAUGAUUAGACUCGGUAGGUACUUGAGAACGUUUUAA